CAGGCUGUUCCCUUCAGAGUUAACUUUUUAAUCCCGGUUUUGUUGCGUUAUCACACACAAGGGAAGGAGGCGUUGGAGGUCGGGGAGAGAAAGGGGGCUACAAAGUCAGUCAUGGUAUGAGGUUAGCGUGAAAUCCGGAGCGUCCACUUGCAACAGAAGCCCGUUGAUAUUUAACUGUGAGAAGAAGGAGAAGAAGAAGAAGAAGAGGGAAAGGGAAAGGGAAGCCCGGAGAAGCGAGAGGAGAAAAGCGGGGUACAAGAUGCACAGCUGGCCGCGGCUGCUGUGGGGCUCCCUGAUAACUUUGCUUCUGAGCCAGAGUCCAGGCGUCCAGGGCAGCGCUGAGUGUUCGUGCGGACGGAGCCACUUCACAUGUGCGGUCAGUGCGUUUGGCGAGUGUACCUGCAUCCCGGCCCAGUGGCAGUGUGACGGAGACAACGACUGCGGGGACCACAGUGACGAGGACGGAUGCAUGCUUCCCACCUGCUCGCCGCUGGACUUCCACUGCGACAACGGCAAAUGUAUCCGCCGCUCCUGGGUGUGUGACGGGGACAACGACUGCGAGGACGACUCCGACGAGCAGGACUGUCCUCCCAGAGAGUGUGAGGAAGACGAGUUUCAAUGCCAAAAUGGCUACUGUAUUCGCAGCCUGUGGCACUGUGAUGGCGACAACGAUUGCGGGGACAACAGUGACGAACAGUGUGACAUGCGUAAAUGUUCGGAUAAGGAGUUCCGCUGCACAGAUGGCAGCUGCAUCGCGGAGCACUGGUACUGUGACGGAGACACGGACUGUAAGGACGGAUCAGAUGAGGAAAACUGUCCCUCAGAUGUGAUGGCAGCCACCUGCAGUGUGGAGGAGUUCCAGUGUGCAUACGGCCGCUGUAUCCUGGACAUCUACCACUGUGACGGAGACGACGACUGCGGAGACUGGUCAGACGAGUCGGACUGCUCUUCCCACCAGCCCUGCAGAUCAGUGGAAUUCAUGUGCAGCAGCGGGAUGUGCAUCAACGCUGGCUGGAGGUGUGACGGCGAAUACGACUGUGACGACCAAUCAGACGAAAAGAACUGCACCACGUCCAUGUGCACGGCCGACCAGUUCCGCUGUGGAACUGGACGCUGCGUCCGGUUGUCAUGGCGAUGUGAUGGCGAGCCUGACUGCUCCGACCGCAGUGAUGAAGAGGGCUGUGAGAAGACGGAGAGUCCUCCAUGUGCUCCUGAUCAGUUCCAGUGUGGUAAUGGACGCUGCAUCGGUCAGAGGAAGGUGUGUAACGAGGUCAACGACUGCGGAGACGGGACUGACGAACACCCGCACCAUGACUGCCGUCCACGCUCCAGCGAGGGCAACUGUAACCAGAAUAACGGAGGCUGCUCCCAGAAGUGUCAGAUGGUCAGAGGCCUGGUCCAGUGCACCUGUCACACCGGAUACCGACUGAUGGACGACGGCAGAGCCUGCCAGGAUGUGGAUGAGUGUGCUGAAGAAGGCUACUGCAGCCAGGGCUGUACCAACGCAGAGGGGGGGUUCCAGUGCUGGUGUGUUCAGGGCUACGAGCUCCGACCUGACAAACGCAGCUGCAAAGCUCUGGGUCCGGAGCCUGUGCUGCUGUUCGCCAACCGCAUCGACAUCCGUCAGGUUCUGCCGCAUCGCUCCGAGUACACCCUGCUGCUCAACAACCUGGAGAACGCCAUCGCACUGGACUUCCACCACGCACAAGAGCAGGUCUACUGGUCUGACGUGACGCUGGACCGCAUCAUGAAGGCCAACCUCAACGGCUCCAACGUGGAAGAGGUGGUCUCCACCGGUCUGGAGAGCCCAGGUGGACUAGCCAUAGACUGGAUCCAUGACAAGUUGUACUGGACAGACUCGGGGACGUCCCGUAUCGAAGUGGCCAACCUGGACGGGACGCACCGCAAAGUGAUGCUGUGGCAGAACAUGGAGAAGCCCCGAGCCAUUGCGCUGCACCCCAUAGAGGGUAAGAUCUACUGGACAGACUGGGGCAACACACCUCGCAUUGAGUACUCCAACAUGGACGGCUCCAACAGGCGGGUCAUCGCAGACACACAUCUGUUCUGGCCCAACGGCCUCACCAUCGACUACGCCGGCCACCGCAUGUACUGGGUGGACGCAAAGCACCACGUCAUCGAGAGGGCCGACCUGGACGGACGCAACCGCAAGGCCGUCAUCAGCCAAGGCCUGCCCCAUCCGUUUGCCAUCACUGUGUUUGAGGACAGCCUAUACUGGACAGACUGGCACACCAAAAGCAUCAACAGUGCCAAUAAAUUCACCGGCAAGAACCAGGAGAUCAUUCGCAACAAGCUGCACUUUCCCAUGGACAUCCACACCCUGCACCCCCAGAGGCAGCCUGCAGGUGGCAGGAACCGCUGUGGCACCAACAACGGGGGUUGCAGCCACCUGUGUCUCCCCAGCAACAAGACCCACACCUGCGCCUGUCCCACCGGCUUCAAGAAGGUGGACCACUCCAACUGUGCAAGCGGUCUUGACAAGUUCCUGCUUUUUGCCCGAAGGACGGACAUCCGACGAAUCAGCUUUGAUACAGAGGACAUGUCCGAUGAUGUCAUCCCUCUGGCUGACGUGCGUAAUGCCGUGGCUCUGGACUGGGACGCCAAAGACGGCUACAUCUACUGGACGGACGUCACCACAGACUCCAUCAACAGAGCACUGUGGAACGGCACCAAGCAGGAGGUGGUGGUGGACACCAGUCUGGAGAGCCCAGCAGGUUUGGCAAUUGACUGGGUGACCCACAAGCUCUACUGGACCGAUGCAGGUACGGAUCGUAUUGAGGUGUCUAACGCAGAUGGGAGCAUGCGGACUGUGUUGAUAUGGGAGAACCUGGACCGGCCCAGGGAUAUCGUCGUCGACCCGAUUGGAGGUUUCAUGUACUGGACCGACUGGGGGGCCAACCCAAAGAUCGAGCGUGCAGGAAUGGACGCCUCUAAUCGGACCGUCAUCAUCUCGUCUAAUCUGACGUGGCCCAACGGGCUCGCCAUCGACUACGAGACACAACGCCUGUACUGGGCCGACGCUGGCAUGAAGACCAUUGAAUUUGGCAACUUUGAUGGUUCCGAUCGACAGGUUUUGAUUGGCAGCCAGCUGCCCCACCCUUUCGGCCUCACUGUGCACGAGGACAAGCUGUACUGGACGGACUGGCAGUCAAAGAGCAUCCAGAGCGCGGACAAGCUCACCGGAUUGGGAAGACACACGCUCGCAGAAAACCUGGAGAACCUCAUGGACAUCCACAUGUUCCACAGACACCGAGAGACAGUUCGUAACCCGUGUGCGGAGAAUAAUGGAGGCUGCAGCCACCUCUGUCUCCUGGCCCCUGCUCCCAAAGCCUCCAGCUGUGCCUGUCCCACCGGCAUCAACCUGCAGACGGAUGGAAAGACUUGCACGCCUGGGAUGAGCAGCUUCCUGAUCUUUGCCCGGAGGACAGACAUCAGGAUGGUCUCUUUGGACAUCCCCUACUUUGCUGAUGUGGUCCUGGCCGUCAAUAGCUCCAUGAAAAACACCAUCGCCAUCGGGGUCGACCCCAAAGAAGGAAAAGUGUAUUGGUCUGACAGCACACUGAAGAAAAUCAGCAGAUCCUACAUCAACGGAAAAUCACAAGAGGACAUCGUAUCCACAGGGUUGGUGACCACCGAUGGCCUGGCGGUGGAUGCUAUUGGGAGGAAGAUCUACUGGACGGACACAGGAACUAACCGCAUCGAGGUCGCCAACCUGGAUGGCUCCAUGAGGAAAGUUCUCGUCUGGGAAAACCUGGAUAGCCCUCGAGCCAUCGCCCUCUACAAUGAGAUGGGGUAUAUGUACUGGACAGACUGGGGAGAGCAUGCUAAGCUGGAGCGCUCUGGGAUGGAUGGUUCCGACCGCACUGUCCUCAUCAGCAACAACCUGGGCUGGCCCAACGGCCUGGCCAUCGACACGGCCGGCUCCCAGCUUCUGUGGGCCGACGCUCACACUGAGCGCAUCGAGGCAGCCGACCUGAACGGGCAGAACCGCCACACCCUGAUCACCCCGGUCCAGCACCCGUACGGUUUGACCCUGCUGGGCUCUCACAUCUACUGGACCGACUGGCAGAGCCGCAGCAUCCAGAGAGCCGACAAGAACACAGGGACCAACACCAUCACCGUGCAGGCCAACCUGCCGGGCCUGAUGGACAUCCAGGCUGUGGACAGGGAGAGGCCUCUGGGUUUUAAUAAGUGUGGCAGGAGGAACGGAGGCUGCACCCACCUGUGCCUGUCUCGCCCCAACGGGACGUCCUGCGCCUGUCCCACUGGAAUCCUGCUCAAAGGUGACAGCAAGUCGUGUGAGGACUCCCCGGAGUCCUACCUGCUUUUCUCCAACCGUGUCAGUGUGCGCAGGAUCUCCCUCGACACCAACGACCACACCGACGUGCACGUGCCGGUGCCCGAGCUGCACAACGUCAUCUCACUGGAUUAUGACAGUGUGGACGCAAAACUUUACUACACCGAUGUCACCCUGGAUGUUAUAAGGCGUGCAAACUUAGACGGCACCGGCAUGGAGACGGUUAUCAGCCAGGGUCUGAAGACCACGGAUGGGCUGGCUGUAGACUGGGUGUCCAGGAACAUGUACUGGACCGACACCGGGCGCAACACCAUCGAAGUGGCCCACCUGGACGGAACAAGCCGCAAAGUCCUGGUCAACAACAGUUUGGAUGAACCGCGAGCCAUCGCAGUGUUCCCGAGCAAAGGGUACCUGUUCUGGACUGACUGGGGUCACAUUGCAAAGAUUGAGCGAUCCCACCUGGACGGCUCUGACAGAAAGGUUCUGAUCAACACUGACCUCGGCUGGCCCAACGGACUCACACUGGACUACGACACACGAAGGAUCUUCUGGGUGGACGCCCACUUGGACAGGAUCGAGAGUUCGGACCUGAACGGGAAGCUGCGGCAGGUCCUCGUCAGCCCGGUGUCCCACCCGUUUGCCCUCACGCAGUUGAAGCCGGUGUCCUCCCCUUUAACUCCUUUCUCCCGACUCUCGCAGCAAGACCGCUGGAUCUACUGGACGGACUGGCAGACUAAGUCCAUCCAGCGGGUGGACAAACACACGGGCCGCAACAAGGAAACUGUGCUGACCAACGUGGAGGGCCUCAUGGACAUUAUAGUGGUAUCACCUCACAGACAGACAGGUACUAAUCUCUGUGGAGUAAAUAAUGGCGGCUGCACUCACCUCUGCUUCGCCAAGACCAACAGUUUUGUGUGCGCCUGCCCCGAUGAGCCAGACGGGCGACCCUGCUCCACCAUUUCAGGUUACGUCCCCACCGCUCCGGCCAGAGGAACCAGCAGCACUCCUGUCCCCAACAAGGUCCCCAAAUCUACAACCGACGUUCCACAUGGAGGAGCCUCAGCGGUCAACUGCACUGACAAGAACCUAAACGUAGAGGGGUGUGUGAAUAGCGUGGUGACGGCUCCUCACGGAGAAGGACUUCAUAUCAGCUAUGUGAUUGGUGGAGUUCUGACCAUCCUGGCUAUUUUGAUCCUCAUCGCUGCUUUGAUUAUUUACAGACAUAAAAAGUCGAAGUUUGCCGACCCGGGAGUGAGCAACUUGACCUACAGUAACCCCUCGUAUCGGACAUCGACACAAGAGGUCAAGAUUGAGGCGUCGCAAAAGCCUCCGAUAUACAACCAGCUGCGAUAUAAGAAAGAGGGGGGAGUGGACGGAGGCUACACCAAGGAGAAGAUCCGCAUAGUGGAGGGUGUGUGUCUCCUGUCCAAUGAGGAGCUUUACUGGGACGACCUAAAACAGAUCAAGCCGUCCCGAGGCGGCCUGCACACCUGCAUGCGCACCGACACCGUGUCCCUGCAGGCCAGCAGCGCCUCGCUAGACGACGGCGAAACGGAGCAGCUCCUCCAGGAGGAAGCGUCCGAAUGCUCCUCCAUAACCACCCUGACCCCUUCAGCCAUCACCCCGCAGCGCCACGCCCAGCACAGCCUGCCCGACACCGGCUGGGUCUCCACACGCAAGCCCUCCACCGAGAGCGAAGUGUGAGGAGCCCUCUGUGCUUCAUCUCAACCUCCAUUACCUAACACACUCAUACACACACCUGUAUUUAUAGCUGGUACACAGAUAAAUAGGUACAAACACAGUAACAGUGGCAUACGUAGAGUUAAGGUACAAAUGAACUGGUUAUACACAACUAAGCUCCCGAAAAACAACAACUCCUGUCUCUGUAUCUGGGGCUCCGUCCUACUUGUACUCACACACACACACACACACACACACACAUACACACACACACACACACACACACACACACACACACACACGUGCAGUACAGUACCCUACGCUGAGUGCUACUGCCUUCAGGCGAAAUGAUAAACUAAUGAGCAUGCUGGAAAAAGCAACUGGGGAGGAAGUGAACAGAGAGACACAAGCGUAAUCUGGAGCCUUUUUAAGGAUGCAGACUCUCAAUGCGACAAACGCUUCUCUGUGUACAACUUUUUAUUUUUCGGGAUAAAGCUAGAACAACAUACUCCCUGGACGACGUAACCGCGAUGCUUUCUCUAAUGCCACUCAUGUCUUUAUGAACUCUAUUUAUGAACGUUUUUGUACUUGUGGAGUUGGUUUGCUGACUUUCAGAAGAUGCCGAGAGUGUUUUUGUUAGAACCCGGGUAUUCAAGAGUUGUAUUUAUGUCAGUGCCAAAGGGUGGGGCUUCACAGACUCUCCAUGCUUCUUUCAGCAUUUACACUUCAAUAGGAAUCUUAAUUACAGGAUAUUUCUCUCCUUUGACUUUACCGACUGGCCCUCAGUGUUGAUUCCUUAUUGUACAGCCUCCAACAGGUCGAGUAAGGAUGUUUCGUAGCUGGUUCUUUCAGCUGGCUGCAGAAGUCCAUUCAACAUUAGCUUAAUUAGCCUGAAAACAGCCUUUUAUUUCUUUCUUUUGAAUUAUAAUUCAAAUAUUGCUGAUCCUCGGGCAUAGCAGAGGAAGCCAAGAUGAAGUAACAGCCUAAGUGCCAAACAUUUCGUUCUUAUUCCCCUUUAAGCUGUAACAUAUUUUUUCUCACAGGUUUGUGACAUACUUUUUUACUUCUUCGGUCCCAAUGACAAAAACCUUUCCUCACAACUAGUGUUAUUUAGCCAUGCAGAUAGUUUUAUUUCUUUGGGAUUUAUUAUUCCCAAACCACUUGUUUUUUUUAACUACUUUCCCAAUCCUCAUUAGCUGUUAAUUUAAUUGGUCUUUUUUUUCAUAACAAUUUGGGACAAGUUCCUGGUAAAAAACAGCACUUACUCUUAGAAUUUGAAGCUCUUUAAUAACAACACAUUACUAUCGCUAAAUAGAAACAAAUAUCUCCCUUAAAUGUGUGUGUGUGUCAUCGUUAAUGUUCCCUUCUCAAUCCCAUAGUAUCAACGUAUGUCAUCUUACCAACCUAUUCAUUGUAAUAUAAGCUUCCUAAAUAAGAAUGUAUGCGCCAUUCUGCACUCCUUGUCGAUUUUAAUACCUUCCUUUUUUACCUGAAAACGUACGGCUUGUAUGUAAUGUUUAAAUCCCUUUCAAAUAAUGUAAAUAUAAACUGAACAUCAUCUUCUCUGUUGAGAAAGAUGAUGUUGUAUGUUUGGAUUUUAAGAAAUGUGCAUCAGUACACAUAAAUGUAACUUUUUCAAAUUGAGUUUUCUUACUUCUGGAACAUAAUCACACACAUUCUAUUGGCUCUCUUUUUUGGGGUAAGGGGAAAUUAAAGAUAUGGAAAUUAAAACAAAAUAAACCUGGCUCACACAACCAAAAGUAUCUGCAUGGCCAAACGCUAGAGAACAUUUAUUGUUUUAAUAACUUCAGUUUUGCUUCAUCAACUCUAGAGCUGUAAUGCAGAGGUGUACUUGCAAUGUCUGCCACAGUACAGUAUAACACAUACAUGUAUGUAACUUAGGAACACUGUGCAUGUCUGACCCCAUCAGACAGUGAGGGUUAUAGUUUAGAAAUGUAUCACUGACAACUUACUGAAAAAUGAAUUUAAUACAAUAUAUUAUGCAUUGCUUUAACUUUAGAGUACCAUUCUGUCUGUUGUUGAGGUAUGGUACAAGGAAAUACUAUAUUGACAAAUAUAUCGGUUAGUUUAUAGAACCAUGUAUUUUGAAGUAUCUGCUACAAGCUCAGCAACCUGCUGAUUUGCUGCUAGACGAGCACUGAGGCCAAUGAGAGAGGGUCUUGGCAGCUACAUAACUACGAUCUCUGACGGUUGGUUGACGCGAGGCCUACAGAGCAUCACAGCGACCCAGUAACCAAUCACCCGGCUCACAGUCCCUCCAACUCUGCUGCAGGAAUGCUAAAACUGUACAGAUUUUAUCAUGCGGAUAUAAGCAAACAUUUCUGUUGAAGAUAUUGUGUUGAUUAAGUUGUAUAGUCUUUUGUACAAAGGGAUUUCAUGAUCGUUUUUAGACUUGUAUUAAUUUUACUCACUGGAGAAGAACAUUUUGUUUUGUUUUCGCUGGAUUAUUUUAACCACUGUGUUUCCAAGCCUUGUAAAUGAUAGGGAAGAUGCCAGUUAUUUAAUAGUGCUCUUUUAUCUUCUGAAAUACUGGUCGCGUAUAGCUGUUGUAAAGUUAACAAAAAGAGGUAUUUAUGAUUUCUGUUUGGUUGUCACUUGAUGUGUAAAUAUGAAAAGACUGUAUAUGUAUUUCCAUGGCAGUACUAACAAGCUGUGUUGUGUGAUAUAGUGAAUGAUCCCUUUGCUAUCUUUUAAUAUAAAAUUGCAUUUGCAUUUCAAUGAAA